CAAUACAUUUUCAUUUCGAAACAAAGAUUUGUGUACCCCCAAAGGCGUAAUUAUCUGACGAUCAUCGCACAGUUUUCUCCGCCGCAAUGGAACCACCGCCACCGCAAUCCCCUCGAGACGAACACCCUCAUACUCACUCUCAUUCAUCCACCUCCAUCCCCACCACUGGUACUUGCUGCAAGUGCGGUGGUGCCACGACCCACGCCCCACCGUCCCAAUCCCCAACUUCCUGGCCUGACCUUUCCUCUCCCCCUGCAUACCGACCGAUUCGAGCCCCCGCUUUAAACCUCCCUCCAAACAACACCCAAGCCAUAAUCCUAACUCCUGUCCCUCAAUCCCAAGAAGUCCCCACCAUUACUCCUCCUUUCCAUUUCCAAAUCCCAUCCAAAAAAAUCACUUCCCCUGAUGAUAUCCGCAAAUUCCACGACUCCCCUACUUCUAAAAACUUCCUGGGUUUCAUCGUCGCCUUGUCGGAAUCUAUCCGCGGCCGUAAAAUCUCCGAUCCCUGCCACGAAUCUGCCACCGUGUCCAAUAUCGUCUCUAUCAUCGAAAACCUGAGUCUCUGGGUCGAUCAGAUCCCACCCGUUCAACAGUCCUCUCGUUACGGUAACAUCUCUUAUCGAACCUGGCACGAACGCUUAACCGAAAACGCCGAAUCCUUCAUGCUACAGUUCCUCCCCGAGGAUCUCAAACCCUCCACUAUUGAAAUCGUCCCUUACUUCACUGACAGCUUUGGGAACUCAAGCCGAAUCGAUUAUGGAACGGGACACGAAACCAAUUUCGCAGCCUGGUUAUAUUGCUUAGCCAGAAUGGGAAUAAUCAAGGAAGAAGAUUACCAAGCAGUGGUGGCUAGGGUUUUUGUCAAAUAUUUAGACUUAAUGAGGAAGCUUCAGCUUGUUUAUUGCUUGGAACCGGCGGGGUCUCACGGGGUAUGGGGCUUAGAUGAUUAUCAUUUUUUGCCAUUUAUAUUUGGGAGUUCGCAGUUGAUUGAUCAUAAGUAUAUGAAGCCGAAAUCGAUUCACAAUGAGGAUAUUUUGGAUAACUUUUCGAGUGAGUAUAUGUAUCUUUCGUGUAUUGGGUUUAUAAAGAAGGUGAAAAAGGGUCCGUUUGCAGAGCAUUCGCCACUGUUGGAUGAUAUCAGUGCAGUGCCUAAUUGGAAGAAGGUGAAUAGUGGGAUGCUUAAAAUGUAUAAAGCUGAGGUGCUCGAAAAGGUUCCUAUUAUGCAGCACUUCCUCUUUGGCUGGCUCAUUAAGUGGGAAUGAUCUUGGUAUCAUCUUUAUGGACACAGGCUGUGGAACCAAGAGAAUACUAUUUUCCACCUGAUUUCAUCAACAGUUGUAGAAUUAGAAAAUUAUCCUAUUAUCAUUCUAUAGUACCAUGAAUUUAUUUAGAUGUUUCUGCCCAUUCUAAUUAGCUAUACAGGUGUUGUCACUGACCCCCCACCUCUUUUCCUUUUUUUUCUUUUUUUUGGAUGAAAGGUCACAGGUUUUAUUAAAAUGCUUAAUGCAUGGAACUUAUGUUUUGCAAUAUAUAUUUAUGGGAAGUAGUAGUGCAUAAUUUUUUUUUA